CCACGGAUCCAUGGGUGCCCAGAGGCUGUGUCACCCCAGAUAUCUUCACCAUUCCAACCCCCGCAGGCAGCCAAGCUCCCCAUGUCCAUCAUCAUCGUGGGGGUCGGCCAGGCGGAGUUUGAUGCCAUGGUGGAGUUGGAUGGGGAUGAUAUCCGCAUCUCCUCCCGCGGGAAGGUGGCUGAGCGCGACAUUGUGCAGUUCGUCCCAUUCCGUGACUACACGGACCGGGGGGGCAGCCAGGUGCUGAGCAUGGCGCGCCUGGCCAAGGACGUGCUGGCUGAGAUCCCCGAGCAGUUCAUCUCCUACAUGAAGGCUCACGGCAUCAAACCUCAGCCUGCACCCCCCAGCCCCCGAACCCCCCGGACCCCCACC